AGUACUAAUAUAGUUCUACUGUUGACAGGAAAGUGAGGAGGACGUUUUGGCGUUUGCUUUAAAAGGAAGCUAAAGAGGGCACCGUUGUUCGAAUCCCGACGGCGUCUGGGUAGGAAAGCGAAGCUCCGUAACGGUGCCGUUACCUGCUUCCCCGUGAACGGAACAGUGAGAGAGAGUGACCCCACUCAAAACGGCAACACAACCGCCAGCCAAGGAAACGAAUUAAAUCUCAGCCGUUGAAAUAAUCAACGGCUCCUGACCAUUUCUUUCAUCUUCUUCCCCCACAUAAACCCUUUCCCCUGUUUUUUUAAUUUAACCAGAAAAACCUCUUAAAACUUUUACAAGUGUCCACAGAGAAGAAUGAAGGAGAUGAGCGAGAGAGAUUCUAAAGAGACCAGUUUCGAAGGAUCAAGCAUCAAGAGGAUGAGACUCCAUGAUGAUGAUGAUGAUUCUGAGGUCUUACGCUCACUGGAGAGAACGGUUUCCUCUUCUUCUUCUUCUUCUCUGGCUUACUCUGCUGCUUCAGAUUCAGGAGAAGAAGAGGAUCAUCGGAGCUCAAGCGUCACCUCAGGCUGUUCUAGCAGCGAAACUAACGAUACUCAUACUCGUCUGCCCUUUUUAGAUCUCGAGCAAAUCUCCGAAACCGAAACCUCGACGUUAAUGAUCAGAACACAAAGAAGCGAGAUUCUGGGAGAAACAGCUGAAAUGGACUCGGCCACGACGACGGUGAAGACAGAGAAGAAAGAUCGGAAAAAGCAAGAGAAGAAGGAAAAAGCACCGACGCAGGCUGAGCUUGAGGACUUCUUCUCGGCGGCGGAGAGAUGCCAACAGAAACGAUUCACGGACAAGUACAACUACGAUAUCGUUAAUGAUACGCCGCUUGAAGGUCGUUACGAGUGGGUUACUCUCAAGCCAUAAAAAGCUGAAUAAGAAGAAGAAGAAAGAAGUGGUCUCAUGCUAAAGUUACACGACGUACUAGUACUACUCUGUGAGUUUUGUCACAGACACAAGAGAAUCUCAUAGCUUAGGAUCCUUUUUCAUUUCGUUAUUGUACAGUCCUCUCCUCUCUUAGCUUCAUUUUAGUUUCCUUAUUGUUCUUCUUCUUAUUGUUCUUCGUACCAUGAGAACCAAACAAAAGGACGCAGCUUUCUUUUCCAACUGACGGAAAUUUUUUUUUUUUUUAAGUCUAGUUUAACUAUCAAAAUUAUAACUGUUUGAAUUUGUUUCAAAACUUGAAUUUGAAUGUCGAGUUUAAU